AUGACAUGGUGGCCAUUUAAGGGUGAAAAUAAAGCUGAAAAUAAUUCCGCAAAUGAUAGCUCGGCUAAUAAAGCAAAGCAGCCAGUGUUCUUAGACGAUGUUCCACCAAAAUUCCAAGAAACAGACCUCGAGAGGGCAAAAAGAGCCAGAAAGGUACAUGAUCAACUGAAAGAAAAGGAUGCAGAAGAUGAAUCUGUUGGUAAACAAGUUGGAACUGUUCUACACUCAUUAACAUGGAAUGAUUUCAAGCCAUCUAACCUCAUACAAAUACCCUGUUUCCGGGAUGCUGGACUUUCUGGCUUCAGCUGCAUGUUUGUCUUUUCCACUAUUAUGUUUUUGUAUCAUCGAGAUAUCCGAAGGUCAAUUAAUUGGGGAUACGGCGGUCUUCUACUCGGAAGUGUUUUUGGUUGGGAACAUUGCAAUAGAGUAAGGAGACAUUCUGAAGAUGUCGUUCAACAAGCGCAGGCUAAAUUCCAGGAGAAGGUUAAGAGAAGAAGAUCGCAGGAAGGAAGCGGACUGUCAGGUAAGAAAGAUUAA